GGGCGGCGGGGGCGGGCGGGGCGGGGACGGGAGGGAAUUCGGCAGCAGGUGGGAAGGGAGGUGCAGCAGCAGCAACGAAUGCUGUUCCUGCUGCUCCUGCUGCUGCAGGGACACAUAAGAGAGCUACAUGGGGAGGGAGGUCCUCCACAGGGGGGGCCCUUGGUUUAUGGGGUUCUAAGGAGACAGGAGAAAGUGCAACCUCAUGGAGGGGCCCCCGUGCCAGCAACAGCAGCAACAGCAGCAACAGCAACAGGAAAGACUCGUGGCAGCGCAGGAGAGAGACACACCCACCUGCUAAUACAGACCCCCACUUCAGUCCUGCAGCAGCAGCAGCAGCAGCAGCAGCAGGAGAGAAUAGAGAUUCUCCUUUGUACAGAGUGUCGGACUCAGCGUCUCUCAAGUGGCGCAGAUCGCAACAACAGCAGCAGCAGCAACAACAGCAGCAGCUGCAGCAGCAGCGACGGCGGCAAGCCGAGCUGGCUGAAGAUUGGCUUAAUUCACAUGGCAUGGGAGGAGGCAGCAGCAGCAGCAGCAACAGCUGCAGCAAUAACUUAGGAGACAGCAGCAGCUGGGGCUUAGGUGCCCCACAGGUUCCCUUUGACCCACAGCAUGCGCUGCAGCAGCUGCUUACUUAUGCGCUGCAGCAGCAGCAACAACAGGAGCAGCAAGAGCAGCAAGAGCAGCAGCAGCAGCAACAGCGGCAGCAGCAGCAGCAGCAGCAGCGGGAGCAGCAGAACAACUUUGAUUUAUCAGUAGCUGCUGCUCUUUUAGAGUCCUUAGGAGCAGGGGGUUCGCGCCUUUCGGCGCACCCCUUCGCCAGCAGCAACAGCAGCAGCAACAGCAGCAAGACGCUGCUGCCAGCAGCAGCAGCAGCGCCUAGCUGGCUGCCUGGAACUCUAGAUGAUAGAGUACCGGGGCACUCAGCAGCAAAGCAGCAGAGCCCCUUGGAUAUAGCAACAGCACUUGCUGCUGCUGCUGCAUGCAGCAUGACGCAGCAGCAGGGGGAGCAGCAGCAGGAACUGCUGCAGCAGCAACAGGAGCUGCUGCAGCAUCAGCAGGAUUUAUUGCUCCAGCACCCGCAGCAGUCUUUUGUGGUACAGAGCAGUGUGUUGCCAACAGCGGAAGCGCUUAGCAGCAACAGCAGUAGCAACAGCAGCAGCAACAGCAGCAGCAGCAACAGCAGCAGCAACAGCAGCAGCAACAGCAGCGACCUGAAGCAGCUAGCGGGUACACCUGCUGAGUUUUCUUCUGAGUCUUCAACUGUCUGUCCCCUUUCUAUUACAACUGUCUCCAUUCAAAAUAUUAAAGACCUUAAGUAG